GAUUGGGCUGUUCAGUAUGUUUGACGAUGCCAAAGGAUGGACCUUGACCAAAUGGGGCUCUAUGCUCCCCGCCUUGCUGCUCUUUCCGGUCGCGAUUUCGCCUUACAUUUACAUGAUGAAGGUGGUUUUGAGAGUGGAUUGGCAGUGGACGCGUUCAAACUGGAAUAAACAGGCCCCUCUGAGAAGACUGCGACCCACACAUCAGGAAAGGGCUAGCGAGAGGCUUGACAGGAGGACGAAUGGAGUCAUGAUGAUAGGAUUGUUGCUCGGCUUGACCGCCUACUACUGGUUCUAUCCUAGUGGUCAAAUGAUCAUACCGCCCAACACGCCGGCUCCCUCAGUCGAGGAUACGUCUUUAUUGCAAUGGCGCAAGGCUAGCGAGGGUCUGUUGAUGUCUAUGCAAUGGGUAGGACAUAUCUACCAAAUCUUACUCAAUCAUCGUGCGCAAACAUUCGCCGGGCGACAUGGAUCUGCACAGAUAAUCGGCUUGGUCUGCUCUGUCGUUGAACUUUCGGUCUUCAUACCUGGCGUCGUUGGUCGAUACGAUCUGAGACCGGGCCUUUCCACGACAGAUGUUUUGUAUGAGGGAAUUGUGUUUAUUUUCGCAUGGCAGGCAAUCUGGAUGUGUGGAGUGCCACGCCAGGUGGGAGAGGUGGAUGAGGACGAGGACUAAUGAGGCCUGAGGUGUGUCCCGGUAAUCCGCAGGCGGAUAGUGCAAUAGUUCCGUGUUGAUUUCAGUACUCGGGGACUUCAUGUGCUGAUGUUCCCAUGAUAUAGCGAGACGCCGAUUCAAUUCGCGAAAUUCAUGAGAUUGCACUCACAUCGAGGGCUUGUAUUUCGCUUUUAUAGCGUCCUUGAGGGUGUCUUUCAUGUAUAUCGCACAUUGCGCCAGGCGCAGACAAUUGCUGCGACAUGUGGAGGAGCGGCAUGGGCGCAUGAGUUCCAUGAAUUCACAUCUUGCCGCAAGAGUGGAGUGAAAGUCCGAGAUGCGAGUUCUGCCUUGAUGCAUCUCCCACUCACCUGAGGACUUGGUAUGAUGGCAAUGGCUACUUCUCGCAGCGAGUUUCCUGGUUGUGGGCUGUUGUAUGACGAAUGUC